AUGGCUGAAACUAUGACCCUCCAACGCUUGACAUCUAUGGUCACGGAAUCGUCUUAUUCCGCUGAUACCGACAAAGAAAAGGUUGACGAAGCAAACAACGUCGGAUAUACAACCUACAAGGAGGGCCUCAAUAGCGAGAUUACAUCUUCGCAGAACAGGAGCAUUCGGUGGAGGAUAGACCUUAUUAUUCUCCCGAUAUUCUUGAUCACUCAGACUCUGCAGUUUCUGGACAAAACUGCGCUCAAUUAUGCCAAUCUAUUUGGCUUUCAGACAGACUUGAAGCUUCGCGGAGAUCAAUUCAAUUGGCUGGGAAGCAUGUAUAUAGUGAUUUCUUUGUCAUUUCAAUGCGUCUUGAUGCUUUUCAGGGUGUAUUUCGGUUAUGCGAUUGCUCAAUAUCCGGCGCAGAUUCUCAUUGGCAAAUAUCCUGCCCAACGAGUCUUAUCAGGCGCGGUCUUUAUCUGGGGUUUGUGUGUCCUUACUAUGGUGUGGUGCACGAACUUUAAAACUGCCAUGAUAAAUCGGUUUUUCUUGGGCAUAUUUGAGGCAUUCGUGUCACCUUGCUUGACUCUAAUGACAGGAUGGUGGUAUACGAGACAAGAGCUUCCUCUCCGUCAAUUCAUCUGGUAUUCUGGUCUCGGUUGGGGUGGCGUGAUCGGAAGCUAUGUGUCUACGGGAAUCUCUGCGAUUAGUGAUAGUCAUGCCGGUCCAGAGAAAUGGCAGUACAUUUUCUACAUCCUAGGUUCCGUGACUAUGGCAUGGGCCGUAGCCGUUUUCUUUUUGCUUCCCGACUCCCCGGCAUCUGCGCAUUUCUUCAGUCCCGAGUACCGCGUCCUCGCCGUACAGCGUGUCGCCGGCAAUCAACUUGGUAUCAAAAAUCGGAAGUUCAAGAAAGAACAGAUAUUAGUCUCUACCACAGAUCCGAAGAUCAUUAUUCUCUUUAUUUCCGUAUUCGCCGCUGCGAUACCGAAUGGCGUUGUCAGCAAUUUUUCGUCGAUCAUCAUUAAGGACAUGGGAUUUUCUACGACGAAGACAACCGUUCUCAAAAGCGUAGGUGAUAUGGUACAAAUCGCAGCUCUAAUCGUUGGAGGUGUUAUUACCUUGAACGUUCGCAACUCGCGUCUCAUGGCUGCUACAGCUGCCAACAUCAUUUGCGUAGUGUCAGCUGCCUGCAUGGCGUAUCUGCCCCGUGAACAUGUGUGGCAACGCCUAGUAUCGUUUUGGCUAGUCAAUUGCCAGUCCGUCGGAUUCUCUGUUGGUCUGGUUAUGGUGUCGUCUAACAUGGGUGGAUACACGCAUCGAACUUUGGCCUCCGCCGCUAUCUUCACCGCGUACUGUUUUGGAAACGUUGCAGGGCCAUUUGUUGUCAAACAGUCCCAGGCACCUUUCUUCCAAUCCGCUACUGCUGGGCUUUUAGCCGGUUACUCCAUCAAACUUGUAUGCCAAGUCGUACUGUUCAUUUACAUGCUCGGGUUCAACAAGCGUCGUGAUCGUAUCUACGGUCCUCCGGAUAUCGCGAAGUCGAAGGAAGCCGGGAUGCAGGACAAGACGGAAUGGGAGAACACGGAUUUCCGAUACGUCCUCUAAUGACCGCCAUGUUUACUGUCAAGUAGAUUUUAUGAGCAUCGACGCCAAUAAGAUGAUAUGGUCACGAAGCCAUUUUUUUUGGUUAUACGUAUAGAUAUGAGACGGUCCACGGUCCGAGAUGAAGGAAUGUGUCGUCCUGUGAUUCCUCCAGCAACUUCUAGCGUUUCUGAUGGUGGUGGCCUG